AUGGCUGCCUCCAGAGCCUUUCCGCUGCCCAGCUACCGCGAUGACGACCUCGCCGCUGCCGGCACCAAGAUGCUGUCGCGCUCCGUCCAGCGAAUGUCGGCGAAGAUCCUGAAGUCGACGCUCCCGAAGCCCAAGGCCAAAUCGACCAAGUCCGUCCACUUCGAGGCCCACCUCGAGUCUGUGUGCUACUUCAUGAAGGACGACGAACCGUGUUUGAUAGCGGCGCGCAUAUCAGCCGUCAAACGGACGGCCGGCGACUGUGACCCCCUCAGAGAAGCGCCGCUGCUGUUGCACGACUCGACCUGUGUCCUCGAUCUGAUCUCCAGCCGCCGCGAGCAGGAUGCCCCGGUGCGCGUGGAGCAAGUCUAUCUCUCCCACCCCAAGUCCGUUACCGGCACGCUGGCCGUCGCCAGCCUCUCCUUCAUGGAGCACGUCAAGGUGCGCUUUUCACUGGACGGCUGGCAGACCGCCUCCGAGGCGGCCGCCGAGUACUGCGGCAACCAUCGCAAGGACGGCUUCGACACGUUCGGCUUCACCAUCCGCCUGGACGACUGCAGUGCCGCCGGCAAGACCAUGUCCUUCUGCGUCGGCUACGUCGCGAACGGCCAGGAGUUCAUGGGCACCAACCCCUCGAGCAACUACGAGAUCGAGCUCUCAAAGCUAGCCGGCAAGCUGGCCGCGCCACCGGGCAUUCUGCGGCCCGCGACCCCAUCACCGCCUGCCAGCAAGUCGAGAUUUGCUGCCUUUUCUCGCUGGCCCGCCACCGGCCCUGCGGCGAGGGCCCAAGCGGCCAAUGCCCAAGCGGUAAGUACGGCCCCUCGUCGAUCAUGUCCACUGCGAAAUGCUAACGCAGGACCAAGCCAGAAUGCGCCGCUGUGGAAGUACAUGGACCGCCUCAGCAGCAACGCCAGCUCGCUCUCUGCUCGCCAGAUUCGCCUGCUAUAG